AUCCAAAUAUAACACAUUCAAGAUUGUGGAAAUAAAAUGACAAAUAGUGAAAAGGUUGUACCUUAUGGUACAAAUGUUAUAGUGACUUAAGUUGUAAUCAUGUUGUAAUCAUGUAGCACGACUUCUCAAGCUAUUGUUUCAAACAAGUCUUUUUUUAUGGAUAUCUCUCAUGUGUCAAGCACUCUUGGUGGGUAAUAUUUAUUGAAUUAGCGUUUGAGGUAGAGUUUUUGUAAAGAACAAAGCACAGCUAUCUGAAAUCCAUAUGUCAAAUAAGCUGUUGUAAAUUGUUGCUUGUUUUUUGUCUUUGCUGUCUGAAAGCAUUCAAAAUGGCUUCAGAAAAUCUCAGCAUUCCAGCUCAAGGUUUUGGAACAGUUACCCAUCAGCUGACCUAAGGAUAAAAUUACAAUGCGAUGGAAUGCUGGUGAUAAAACGUCCCUAGGAAAACCAGUUUCCAUCCCUUCAGCCGUAACCAAACUCUUCCUCUAGUUUGUCUUCUGCUUGCAUAUUCUGGAACUGCAAGCAGCUCAACCUAAUUUUCAGAUGGUGAAUGUUCUCCUCCUCCAUCAGCACAACUUUGGAAACUGGGGGAAAAAAAGGAAAACAAUUUCUUCAUCUCGCGAUAGCAGCUCACUGAAGCAGCCGCCAUAUUCUGUGACAGUAUUUUGAUUCGUAUCUGCUGGAAGUGAGGAAAAAGAGAAAAGUGAAGGGCUGCAGAGGGGAGGGGGGGCGAAGACGAGGAGCUGUCAAAAAGUUCUCCCGGAGUCUCUGUCAAACAGCGGAGGGCUGUGGCUCGGUUUGCCUCCGCUUCUUGCUUUUCCGAGGACACAGGCCCGGGGCCUCGGUGUUGUUAGCUCUUCUCCCAGUGAGCGCCCGGACCCCUUACGGCUUCUCCUCUCCCAGCUCCGCGGCCCUUCGGAGGUCCGGCGGCGGUCUCGGGUGUUGAAGGCGACCCGGGGAGCGGCGGCAGCGGCGGAGACUGGAAGUUGAGAUGUUCACGAUGAGGGUGGAAUUGUGCCACAGCUGAUGCUCCAGUCUGCUGACCUGAACAAGCGGUCCUGACCUGGCAACAUACGAAUGGCCCAGGGAAACCAGCAGAUUGACAUUCAGGUUUUGCACGACCUGCGCCAGAAGUUCCCUGAAGUCCCUGAAGGUGUCGUCUCUCAGUGUGUUUUGGAGUGCAACAACAAUCUGGACGCCUGUUGUAAAUACUUGUCCCAGGUCAGUCCAGGCUACCUUUACAGUGACGCCAGCAGCCCCAGCUUCUCUGAGGACCCCAACUUGAAGCACAUGACCCAGCUGAACCUGGGCCUGCAGUCUCAGAAUGUGCAUGUGGCCCCAAACCGGGACGGCCUGAGAAUGAAUGGCAGCCGGACCCUGGCCCACAGCAUGAGCGACGGGCCCUUCCAGACAGGCCAGGCCCCCAGCAGUGACUUUUUCCAGCACGAGCCGCAGUCCGCCCCGGUGCAGGUCCCCUCCACCCUCAACGUCUUCAGCGUGAUGGAGCCCACGCGUAAGGCACAGCCCCCGCAGAACCUGGGACUCUACACACUGGGAGCCAAAGGGCCGAGCGUGGGGCCGCACCAGGCCCCACGUUUCAACCCCAUCACGGUGACGCUUGCCCCGAACCUUCAAACGGGCCGCAACACCCCCGCCUCUUUGCACAUACACAGCGUGCCCCAGCAGGGCCUGGGCAGCCCUCAGGGCAACUCCAUCUUCAUCCGGCCGUACGUCAGCCAGUCCGGCUCAGGCCGGCAGAGCCAGCAGGCGGGUGGCCGUGCCCAGUACAGCCCCACUUCCCAGCCUCAGCAGCAGAUCUUCCAGAUCCACCCAUCACCCUCCCCAAGCCCGCGCCCCGCCCCCCAGCACGCCUCUUCGCACGCCUCAAGGACCUCUCACGUCUACAUGCCCAUCAGUUCCCCCACCAACCCUCAGGCACCUGCCAUUCCCUCCAGCGGCGGCGUGGUGGCAUCCUCCAGCGUGUCCUCCUGCCCUCCGUCCUCUUCCUCCUCCGCCCUGCCCUCCUCCCUGUCUGCCAUCAGCCAGUACAACAUCCAGAACAUCUCCACCGGCCCCAGGAAGAACCAGAUUGAGAUCAAACUUGAAUCUCCUCAGCGGAACAGCUCCGCCACGGCGGUGCUGCGGGCGAGCGGCGGGCCCUGGUCCUCUUCCUCUUCCUCCUCUGGCUGCCCGUCCUCUUCCUCCUCUUCUACCGUCUCCAGCACCCCUCAGUCCAUCGGAGGGCCCGGCUCCAGCCGCAACCAGCCCACUGUUUACUUCUCACCCAGCCCACCCACUGCUGCUAGUGCCCUCUCUGAGGAGGCCAUGGUGGCCCCACUGGGGUCCCGCUCCCAGCCCAAGUUUUACAUUUCUGCCAGCGACGACAGCGGCAGCAGAAACCCUCCUACAGUCUACAUCUCAGCUAACCCUCAGAUCCAGGGGCCCUCGGUGGCCAGGACCAUGGGGGGCCAAGUGAGCAUGGGCCCCGCCUACAUUCACCACCAUCCGCCUAAGAGUCGGCCCUCUGUGGGAGGCGGAGGCACAGCGUCUUCGCCUCGCGUGGUAGUGACUCAGCCCAACACCAAAUAUACCUUUAAAAUCACUGUGUCUCCUAACAAACCUCCAGCCGUGUCCCCCGGGGUCGUGUCCCCGACCUUUGAGCCCAACAACCUCCUCAGCCUGCCGUCGGACCAUCACUUUGUGGAGCCGGAGCCCCUGCAUCUGUCUGACCCGCUGUCGCCGCACAGAGAGCGGCCAAGCGAGCCGCGCAGACUCAGCAUGGGUUCUGAUGACGCAGCGUACACACAAGCUCUGUUGGUCCAUCAGAAAGCUCGAAUGGAGAGACUGUGGCACGAGUUGGAAAUGAAGAAGAAGAAGCUGGAGAAGCUAAAAGAGGAAGUGAAUGAAAUGGAGAAUGACCUGACCAGGAGAAGGUUGGAGAGAUCCAACUCUGCCUCCCAAAUUCCUUCUAUUGAUGAAAUGAAGAAUCUGCGAUGCAAAAACAGAACGCUGCAGAUCGACAUCGACUGCCUCAGCAAAGAAAUUGAUCUCCUUCAAACAAAUGGACCACACUUAAAUCCAAGUGUAAUCCAUAAUUUUUAUGACAACAUUGGAUUCCUUGGUCCUGUCCCACCCAAACCCAAAGACCCAGGAAGUAAAAUUGUGAAGCCAAGCACAGAUCCAGAGGAGGAUGAGGGCACCCAAUGGAACUGCACAGCCUGCACCUUCCUCAACCAUCCCGCCCUCAACCGCUGUGAACAGUGCGACUUCCCGCGGCACUUCUGAGCCAACGGGGCGCCGCGCCCUGCCUCCGCACACCCUGACGUCUCGCAGGCUACAGUAGACCAGACUUUUUGAGUUCUUUUGCUUUCGUGCGGCAAAAGAGAAAAACGGACGGCGGGCUGCGGCGGUGAAAACCGCGCAGCCUUUUCUUCUCAGCUAUUAAUCGUCUUUCCUGUUCUCUGAGGUUGGUGUAAAGCUGUCCACCGAAGGCCUGACUGAACAGCGUGUACAGCUCCUGUUGGUUCCCAACAGUGGGAUGAUACCUCGCCUUAGAGACCGGGACUGUGUCUCGUUGGGAAACGCUUCGCUGCUUCCACUCACAGUAUUAAGAGCGUGGCCCCGCAGUGACGGCACACACUCGCACAAACACUCCAGGUGCCGCUGUGCCUUUUCCUGAUCGUAUAUCUGAAUUGUUUCUUCUUCCGUGACGGCCUGACCUGGUGAUGGAACUGAGCUCAGCUGCCGAAGGAAAUCCAAUUCUGGACUUAAACGUUGGUUUGCCGUUUCUAGAGGAUGCCAAAGGGCAAACAGCCACUGUUGCUGCCAUGUUUCCAUGCUAAUUAGUGUCUGUCCAUCACCCCCUUUCUGUCUACGUAGUCACGACUCGAUGAAAAACAAGUUGCAUGCUUUAUGUACAGUACAUUGAAGCAGAAGCUCUCCUUGAGCUCCUUGCUGUACAUAAUUUUUAGAAUGUGCUUUUAAACCUUUUUUCCUCACACUAUGAAUCACGUGUAUUUCCUGUAAUUAUAGCUUUAUAGACUUUAUCAACUAUUUUAUUUCUGUUUUCCUUAAACAGACAAGCACCAUGCUCCAUUUUUAAGCUUUUUACUUGAUUUGUGUGGGAGCGGAAGUUUUGCAGAAGGAGACGAGCAGAGCCGGCAAAAACCCUCACAGUCAUCACGAAGCUACAUGUGUCGGUUGGUCCGUUCAUCGCUUGUGUAUUUGCUGAAUUUCCCGUGUACGAUCUGUUGACGUAAAGAGACGGAGGAGGAGUUCUUUUUGUUUUUAUUUUUGUCUACGUUCUUCAGGACAUAUUGGAGACUUUCUGGGAUUGGGGUACAAGAGCUGGGUUAAAAGAAAAAAGAAAAUGACAAACUGCCAUCCUAUCUGACAACUGGAAUGUAGGAUUGAUGUUUGGGGAUAAACUACACCUCAGUGCGAAGAGACUCAUUUUGUAACACCAGGAUUGAUUUGGAGGAGAUCCUGGAAAAGCUCUGAAGUUCCCAAGCAGGUCUGAGUCUAAGUGGAGCUUCUGAUUUCAGCCAACUGGUGUUGAAUUAAAACGUCUUUCCUCUGUUUCAGUGACCCCUCUGUGACCCUUGUGCCUUAUACACAGGUUAGAAUUGUUACACAGACAGAACCCCCCACACACACAUGCCAACACACCCUCACACACAAUGUAAGCACAUGAUUGUCCACUGUGUAUUCCCUUAUUUUUAUUGGCUCAUUUUAUCCUCUUAACCAUUUUAUCUAAGAGGGAGCAUCUAAAGUUUACUCGAUGUGAUUUAAGAUAUCGUAACCUUGAACUAGUUACUUUUGAGUUUUUCCUUAUUUGUGAGCUGGUGCCUUGCAUUAGUGCCUUAUGAAUUUAUAUUGACAAUCUCCUCAGUCAAAUUUCAAGUGCCAUUCUUCAAACCAAAUUCUUAGUAUUAUGUAAUCCCAUUUAAAAGUAGAAGAUGAAUUAUUGUCUCUUUAGCACUUACACCUUUGUUCUUCCUUUUUCCAACCCAAAGAAUCCAGUUUUCAGCGUUACCUGCACCUUGGUGUGAAGAGGCAGUUCAUUCAUGUUUUAUUAAAUGGAGGAAAAAGUCAUUUGGAUAUCUAAAGUUUUUUUUUUGGUUGUUUUUUUUUUUUUUUUUUUUUUUUUUUUUAGCUGGGAAAACUGUCUUUGUAACAGAUAAGUUAUUUGUAAAAAUAAAAAAAAAUCUAUUCUGAAUGUUGUUGGUGUGCCUUCAGAAUGCUCUUCCCACUAGAUGGCAGUAGAGCUCAAUUACGGUUCCGUAAUUUAACUCACAUUUUGACUGUGGUUCCAGCUAAUGAAAACCAAAAGUUCUGUUUUUCAGGAAAUUAGAAAAAUCA